AUCCCGCUGCUGUCAUUUGCCGCCCCCAAAAUGCUCGACGCUAAUAGAAGAGUGUCGCAAGUCCUGAGCACCGUCGUCCCAUUCGGAGCCCCGUGGGCCAAGCAAAUGACCUCAUACAGUGCUCCAACAACGUCCUUGCAUCCAGCAAGAGUCUCGUCAAAGUUACCCGACCGCUUCAUCACCGAAGCGUCAAUUGCAUUCUAUGCAACAAAUAGGACGGGGCUGUUGCGCGCAGUAUCUAGUAUGGACAUGGUGAUAUCGGCUGUAGAGACGGCUUAUUCCGACUCCCCCAGUCAGUCUAUAGACGAGGUCAAUAUGACUCAUGCAUUAGUGUAUGCCUUUGUGGCGUUCUGUUCACUAGCAGGCCAUAGCCAGGAGAGGAACUACCCGGUCGAUGGCAAAGGAUUGGCAUUGGAGGCAAGACGCCUAUUACCGAUCGCUGGGCGCAGCCCGUCGUCUCCCAAAUCGCUUCAAGUGUGGCUUCUACUGGUAAACGCUAAACAGGCCCUAUGUCACUGUGUGCUCGGAGAACUUCUAGAAGCUUGGGAGACGUUUGGCACCAUAGCUUCUCAGUUGACCGAGCUGGCUAUCAAAUGCCACUUCUUCGAGUCAUCUUCCGAAAGCCUGCCACCGGAGCCAGAUGCCGAGAAUGAACACCGGUUCGUACUACGGGAUCUACUCUGGAUCAGCCUGAUGGUCGAUAACGAAAUCUUUCUGCGAACGGGACAGCCGCCGCUGAUUCUAGCCAAGUUGGCUGCUACCAUCCUGCCCUGUGACUAUGAAUCUUCCCCCCAAUUUCUGGCGAGCUUUCUUCCUCCCCGUACCGCAGACCCCCGCGCGGACGUCUACAUCUACAUGGCCGAUCUCACGCUACACGUCUCUCGACUCUAUAUCUCGCUAUACGCGCCAGAAGCCUUCGCGAAAUCCAGCAUUGAACUUCUACAGACAAUCAUAUCACUAGACAACCAGCUAGAGGAAUGGCGCCUGAGUAUCCCCAAGCCUUUCCGGCCAACUAUCCACGUAUUCAAACUGCCGACCCACUCACUUUGCGACAUCGACCUCUUGCUCCUGAACCUGAAGUUUCACCACACUCUGGGAUGUAUCCACCAGGUGGUACAUCGCUGUCAGUCGUGGGCGGGGGAGACGGCCAGCUCCCGCGACGCCCUGGAGUCCAGCCUCAGCAUCUCCCUUCAAGCAAGUGUUUCAUCGUUGGAACUCUUGCGAGCAACGAAGCUGGCUCUCAAUCCGGAAAUGUUCUGGUUUCUGUGUUUCUACCUUCUUUCGGCCCACCUCAAUUUAUUUUGCCGAAUCGUCGCCAACCCCUUAGAUUGCGAGAGCCGCUCCCACCUGCAAAUCCUACGAGCGUCCCCGGUUUCGCUCCGCCGGAUCGAUACUCGCCAUCUUACGCGCGCCGAGGUUGAGCAUCUGUCAGUUCUGGUCGAAUUCUGUACAGACCUGGUGACCCGUGCGGAGCGUGAGGUUGCGGGGGCCAGUCUGGUCGAAGAGGGACGAGUCAAUGAGGCAGAAUGA